AUCAUUCAAAAGCUCCUUCUCAACCUCUCACGACAAUAAUAUAAUGUUAAAAGAAUAUGGUCACUGUAAUAAGCUAUCAAAAUCUUGAUAACAACACUGUACGCUGUUGUUAUACAUUAGAAUUUUGGUAGGCUAGUCGAUUAAUUUUCUUCCUUUUGACGCGUCAUACUAUCAUUAUCCUUGCAGUCCAAGAUUUUCCGGCAUGCCGACGCCGGUUAGUGCAGCCAGGGCAUGCUUAACACAGGAGGCUGUGGCCACUCUCGACGAGGCUGUGGCAGUCGCACGGCGACGGGGGCACGCGCAGACGACGUCGUUGCACAUGGUGUCCUCGCUCCUAUCCAUCCCAAAUUCAUCUUUACGUGAAGCAUGCACCCGCACCCGCACCCGCAACAACGCAUACUCCACUCGCGUGCAGCUUAAGGCUCUUGACCUUUCACUGAGCGUGUCUUUGGACCGCCUACCCUCUUCACGAGCGAACAAAGUAGAGGAACCGCCAGUGUCGAAUUCUCUUAUGGCAGCCGUAAAAAGAUCGCAAGCGAAUCAAAGAAGGCAGCCUGAAAACUUCAGCUUCUAUCAGCAGCAGUAUUCAUCAUGUUCUUCUGUUCCGGUGGUGAAAGUCGAGCUCCGGAACUUGAUUAUAUCAAUUCUUGAUGACCCUUUGGUGAGUAGAGUUUUCGGUGAGGCGGGGUUCCGGAGUUGUGAUAUAAAGAUAGCUACACUUAGGCCAAUAAACAGUUUCCAUGGCCACCAUCUGUUUGGUUAUUCGUCAAGGUAUAAACGGCCACAACCACCUUUAUUUUUGUGUAAUUUCAACGCUAGCGAUAGUUCUAAUGACGAAAGUAUGACUCGUAAAGGUUUCAGCUUUCCUUUUAUGGGUGGGUUUCCUGGGGAAGAGAAUUCAAAGAGAAUUGGAGAGAUCAUGGUCAGGGAUAAGAAAAAGAAUCCACUGCUAUUGGGGGUUUCAGCUAGUGACGCUUUAUGGAAUUUCUUGGAAACUGUUCAAAAAAAGGUUGAAGGUGUUUUACCUGGGAGAUUAAUUCGGUUGAAUGUGAUUUGUGUUGAAGAUGAGGUAUUGAGUUUUGUGAAUGGGGACUCUAAUGAAAAACUAAUGAAAUUGAGGUUCGAGGAGGUGGAAAAAAUGGUGCAGAAUAAUGUAGGAAGUGGGGUGGUUGUAAAUGUUGGUGAUUUGAAGGCAUUGGCUAAAGAGGGUGUUUGUGUUGAUGCUUUAAGGCAUGUAGUGCGUGAAUUGGGGAGGCUGCUGCAGAUUCAUGCUGGGAGAUUGUGGUUAAUUGGAGCAGCAGCAACGUAUGAGAUUUAUUACAAGUUUUUGAACAGAUAUCCCUCCAUUGAGAAGGAUUGGGACUUAGAAAUUUUGCCUAUUACUUCACUUGGGUUUUCAACUCAAGGGUCAUUCCCAAGAUCCAGGUAACUUUCAAUUAUACAGUUAGGGUCCGUUUGAUAUGUGAAUUUUUUUCAUGGAAAAUAUUUCCAUUUUUCAAUUUUAUGGUGUUUGAUUGGGUUUUAUUUCCAUGGGAUUACCUUUUCUUGCUUGGAAUUGAUCUUUUCUUGGUUUUUAAGGAAGACCAAUUUGGCGAGAAUUGGAAUUUCAUGUUACUGUAGCAUUUUGUGCUUAUUUAUUUAUUAUGUGUU